UUUAGUAAAUUUAGUCAAUGGAAUUCUUUUAUUUCUAAUUUCUUUUUAAUUUUUCAAAAUUUAGGUUGUUUGUUUUGUUUUUAUAAAACAAAUAUUAUGGCAGCGUUAGCCAUUUUAAUAAAGCACAUCAGCCUGAUAUGCGUAUUUUUAUUGAUAAAAGGAGCUCUUUGCAGGGAUGUUGACGUUAAGGAGUUUCCAUAUCUGGGCACCCUGCGAAAGCUCAAAGAGGAGUCUCAGGUAGUUGGCAGUGGAUAUGUAUGUGGGGCGACUCUUAUUCAUAAUCGAGUGUUUGUCACAUCUGGUGAAUGUAUACACGGAAAAAAACCAGAAGAUAUGAUAGUGGUAAUAGGGACUACGCUCAUGAAAGGCUUACCUAAAACAAUAUUAGUUCUGAAAAUCGAAUAUAUGAGACUGCAUGGAUUGUAUGUGUAUAAAAAGCAUAAUUACAAUAUUGGAUUAAUCUUCACUUCUGAGGAUACACCACCCAUUAAGGACGCAAUCGGAUAUAUACCAAUAAACAAGAAAAGAGUACCACCGCAUACCAAAUGUUAUAUUAUCGGCUGGGGUGUAGCUGCUAAAAAAUUGCGGAGCCGUCCAAAAUUAAUAAUUAAUUGGAGUGCCGGUGCACUUACGUGUUAUAAGACCACCCGUAAUAUUGGGUUGUUAUGCACCUACAGAUAUAAGAGGUCUAAACCGGACCAUUCUGAUGCUGGUACCCCGCUAAUAUGCAACAAUAAACUUGCGGGUGUAUUCAUCACUAGGGGUUCCAAUAAGUUUCAUAUAUUUACAGAUAUUUAUAGUUUUAGAAAAUGGAUAAACGGAGCUAUUUACCUUCACUUCAAAAGUGAUAAGCCAUUGAUGAUCGAAACCUCAUCGAUCGAAGGAUCGAUUUGCUCCCCGUGGCUAGUUGUCUUGGUCGUUAGCAUUUAUUUUGUCACCUAGUAGUCAUUUAUAAUAGUUACCUAACCCUAAAAACGCAAAUCGUGAUUCCUAUAAAUAAUUUUAAUUUUAGUUUUA